AUGUACCUGGAUAUAUAUUUUACGUGCAAACAGAAGCCCAAAGCAGCUAUGGUAAGUCGUUACAAUUUUACCACUUUUAGUUUAUCGGUCGAAAAGUUCGGGGAAAAAUGAAUGAAUUUAGAGGAGAAAGAUCGUAUUAGCAUUUAAAACUGUGUUCUAAGACUUUCCGACCAUUUUUUGUAUUAUUGUUUCGAUUUCAGCUGAUUUUAGACCUUGGUGAUACCUAAAACAAUAUUUUUAGCCAGUGUCUCUGUAUUUGAAGAGCUCUUACUUCUAUGACUGGCAUUUGGCUGGCAAAGUUACUGAGGACAAUGGCUAUUUACAUUUUCACGAAAGCGCUUGGGCCAUCUUCGACUUUCCGUUGUUCUACCUCUCAUUGUAAGUAUUCUUGGUUACAUUUUUAUUUUCAUCAUAACUUUGUUGAGAAGAUAGGUAGAUGUUUUAAAUUUGUUAUGAUUGUAGCCCAUUUACUUAUCUAAUGGGAUUAACAUAUUGUUUAAGUUUAUUUUAGUUAAUGGGCAUAUACUGGACGGUAUUUAUACCUUACUCAAAUUUUAUUGGGAUAAAUUUUCUUUUCACUGUAACUUCGGUAGAUUGAGAUUUGAAAUUUUGUGUGAUUGUAGCUUAUUUAUUGUGUCAACUGACACAUUAAACAAAAUUUUGCAAUUGACAGUUGUUUUGAAGUUACAGUCCGUUUAACGUACCCUACUUCCCGAAGAACAUCUUUUGUAAAGAAAGCUUUGAAGUGCAAAUUUACAUUCUCUGUAAUUUCAGAGCUUUUACAGGUCUUAAAUAUAUCUUAUUGUAAUACUAUUGGCUAUAAUAUUAUUAAUGUUUUUCAUUCUAGCGUGAAUGACUGCUGCGAGACCACUGCUAAGCCAAAUCUGAUGCUGAAGCCUAAAUUCAAGUUAAAACGCACAGUUUUGGAGAUGGAGAACUACUGCAACGACUUGUUCGUCAUAGUUCACUACUAG